AUGCAUCUCCUCACAAGGGGGCCCCCUUGGCUGGGGGCCCCCAGCGAAUCGCGGGGGUCUGCAGCAGCAGGUGCUGCGGGGCCCUUCAAGAGGAGGAAGUACCACUUGCAAGAUCCUCAGCAGCAUCAACGACAGCAGCAGCAGCAGCAGCAACAGCAGCAGCAGCAGCAACAGCAGCAGCGCUGGAUGCUUCGCAAAAGAGGCUUGUCUUUACCCCCUUCGACUCAGCUUCAAAUGCAGCGGGUACCCCGCUACAGCCUGAGGGCCCCGAGGGCCUCUCACUGCAGCACUAAUGCUGCAGCAGACACAAAGGAUAAUCUACCCGUUGCUGCUGCUGCUGCUGCUGCUGCUCCCGCUGCUCCUGGUGUCGCUUCUCAGAGCGCGUGCCGCAGAAGCACCAGCAGCAGAAGCAGCGAGGGAAGCAGCAGCAGCAGCAGGCGCAGUAGCUGGUACAGCAGCAGCCGAAACGUCAGCUGCAGCAGCAGGAGCAGCAGCCACAGUCGGAGGGACGGCAACAGCAAUAACAGCAGCAGCAACAACAGCAGCAGCAGCAGCAGUACUCGCAAGAACAGCAACAGGCGCUUAGUUACCCUGCCUACGAGCAGCAGCAGAAGCAGCAGCAGCUGUGCCAGCCCCAACCGGCGUAGGAGCAGCAGCAGCAGCAGCAGCAGCAGCAGCACCCCCUCUUGUCCCCUCUGUCGGGGCUCUUCUAUCUUUCGCCAUGGCUCGCGCUUAGAGCGGAGGGAGGCGCUGCUGCAGCAGCACGGCUUGGGGGCCCAGGGGGGCCCCAGCAUUCUUGCUGCUGCACCUGCUGCUGCUGCUGCUACUGGUGCUGCUGCGGAUGGCCGAGGCCAGAGGCAUCCCCACAGGCAGCAGCAGCAGCAGCAGCAAACAACACAACACCGCCCAACUUGCAACAGCGGCAACAGCAGCAGCACCAGUCAGCAGCAGCAGCAGCAGCAGCAGCGAGGAGCAGAGCAGCGGCGGGAGCUUGAAGCCUUAAGACGCUGUCUCCUUAGCGGGCUCAUGCGAAAGGAGAGGCAGCGGUACCUCUGUCCCUUUUGCUGCUGGCAAGGGGACGCAGCAGCAACUGCUGCAGCAGCAGCAGCUGCUGCGGAGGGCAGCAGCAGCAGCUGCUACCGCUUCACCCCACGCAAGGGUCUGGAGGCUGAGGCAGCGAAACUGCAGCAGCAGCUGCAGCAACAGCACCUAAUUGAUGUUGAUGGCCUUGCAGCAGAGCAGCAGCAGCAGUUCUUUGUGAAGGAGGAGCCUCUGCCCAGCCCCAGCAGCAGCAUCAGCAGCAGCAGCAGCAACAGCAGCAGCUGCAGCAGCAGCAGCACCGGGGCUGAGGCCUUGCGCGUUGUAUGUGAGGGUAUAGACUGCCGUUCUCUCUGCAGCGAGGCCAAGUGGGCGGUAGCGGAGUUAGUGAAGGAUGGCUGCUUCAUAUCAACAGCCUUGCAGGCUGCUGCUGCAGUGCAGCAGCAGCAGCAGCAGCAGCAGCGGCAACAGCAGCAGCAGCAGCAGCGGCAGCGGCAGCAGCAGCGGACGCAGGGUCGCGGUGAGGCAAGGGAGGAUCCCCGUGUGCAGCAGGACGCAGCUGAAAGGCGCAGUUCAUUUGCUGCUGCAUGCGCAGCAGCAGCAGCAAACAUGGAAGCAGAGGCGGUGAAUCAGCAGCUGCUGGAUCUGGGGGCCCUAAGGGCUCGCGAAGAAGCAGACAGCAGGAGAGAUAGAGAGGCGCAGCAGCAGCAGCAGCAGCUUGUCAGCAGCGCGCAGCCCUUGUGGGAGCAGCACGGCUGCCUUUGUUCGUUCUUAGAGGCUGCAAACCCCUCCCUCUUUGAGGCCCUUACCUCCAGCAGCAGCAGCAGCAACAGCAGCAGCAGCAGCAAGCGGAGCAAAGACGAAGCAGCAGCUCGUGGCCGCGUGCUGCUGCAGCGUUUGUUUGAUUUACAGCAGCAGCUGCUGCGCAGCUACACUUGUGCUGCUCCUGCAUUUGUUUGUAUGGCUGAUGAGGAGGCGGGGCGUCUCCUUAGGGCCCUGGGAGGAGACAGAGAGCAGCACCAACAUAAUAUUCAUGACUGUCUCCUUAUUGCAUCUGCUGCUGCUGCUGCUGCUGCUUCAGCGGCUGCUAAUGGCGAGGGUGCAGCAGCAAGAACGGCAGCAGCAGCAGCAGAAGCAGCAGCAGACCCAGUACGCGAGGGAGGCAGCUGCAGCAAAAUACUCCCCGUGCUGCAGCAGGAGGGCCCCCAGGGGCCCCCCCUGCUGGGGCAGCAGCAGCACUGGCCAUUAAGCGAACGGCAACAGCAGAUGCUGCUGCUGCUGCAGCAGCAGGCUCGGCACCUCUCUGCUUCUGAGCUGCAGCGGAGCCUAGCGAAGGCCUACUUUGAGCAGCAGGAGAAGGCAAGGAGACCUUUUGCUGCCGAGGCCUCCCUUGCGCUGCUGCACACAGCAGCAGCAGCAGCAGCAGCGGCAGCAAGAAACACCCCCGGCAGUAGCAGCAACAGUAGUAGUAACAGCAGCAGCAGCAACAGCAGCACUUGUCUGUUUUGCGCCUUCCUCUCUGGAACAGCAGCAGAGCUGCAGCAGCUGCUGCUGCUGCAGCAGCAAGCAUUUUCUACCUCUCAAGAGGAGCCCAGCCAGCAGCAGCAGCAACAGCAACAGAAACAGCAUAGGAAGCUGCAGCAACAACAACAGCAGCAGCAGCAGCAAGUCGUGUCGCUUGCUGACUUGAUGCUACGCCCGCACCCAACACGAGGGCCUUCAUACAUACAACUGCUGCUGCUGCACCCCAGCGACAGCAGCGCUGCUGCAGCGGUAGCUGCUGCAGCAGCAGAAGUAGGGGCGAAGCUCGACUCUCCAGAACAAGACAAGCAGCAUCCUAGCAAGGCAGCAGCAGCAGCAACAGCAGCAGCAGCAACAGCAACAGCAGCAGCAGCAGUAGCAACAACAACAGCAGCACCAGCAGAACCUGCACUAACGGAGGUUGAGGAGAUUUCUAGCGACGCUGACGAAGGCCUAAAUGGCAGCAGCAGCAGCAGCAGCAGCAGCAGCAGCACUGCAUCCUGCUUGAAGAGCUGGGGAGGGAAAGGAGUUAUUUCUGUUAGCAGCAGCAGCAGCAGCAGCAGCGGCAGCGGCAACAGCAGCCCUCGUGAAGCCUGUCGCCGCGUCCGUGUUUGUAGGCCUCAGAGGGCCCCCCCAAAGCACCUGCCAGCAGCAUCAAGGCGACGCCUGUGCAGCAGCAGCAGCAGCAGCAGCACCACCACCACCAGGAGCAACAGGAGCAGCAGCAGCAGAUUGCAAUUACUUGCGCGUUCUUUGUCUGGCUGCUCUACAGCAGAACAGCUGGCAGCACAACUGUGGGGUGUCUCCUCCAGCUCAUCUCUGCUGUCUCCUCUUGUCGACUGCUGCCGCUGGGAGGUCCGCCUCCCUGAAGCCCCAGGCCUCAAGGGCCUACGCGCAGCAGGAAGAGCCUUGCUUCCUCUGCAGCAGCAGCAACAACAGCGGCAGCAGCAGCGCGAGCAGCAGCACCAGCAAGAGCAACAACAACAACAGCAGCAGCCGCAAGAGCAGCAGCAGCAACAGCAGAAACAGGAGCAGAAGCAGCAGCAGCAGCAACCGGACCAGCAGCAGCAGCAGCAGCAGCAACAGGAGGAGGAGCAGCAGCAAGAGGAGGAGCUUAGUGCAUGCGACGCAUUAGCUCGAUUGUGGCAUCUCACAUCAGACCCAUUUGCUGCUGAGUGCUGCUCUCCCAGAGUGCUGCAGCAAGAGCAGCAGCAGCAACAGGCUCAGGGGGCCCCUGAGGGCCCCUCCGGGGGCCCCAAAAGGGGCAUUGAAGGGACCCGUCGGUGGAGUUUGGAGGGGCUUCCUAACCUUGUUGCUGCGGGCCUGUGGCUGCCUGCUGUUGCCUUUGUGAGCCCUAAGCAGCAGCAGCAGCAGCUGCAGCAUCUGGAGCAGCAGCAGCAGCAGCAGCUGAGAGACCGCUUGUUGUGGGGCCGGCAGCAGCUAAUACGCUACGUCUCGUUGCUGCUGCCUCAGCCCCACUCCCACCGCCCCACCAGCAACAGCAGCAGCAGCAGCAACAGCAGCAGCAGCAACAGCAGCAGCAGCGAGGGGACAUUAGAGUGCUUGCCUGCCUUUAGGUGGCUGCGCUGCGCAAUGAAGGCGAUUGAAGAGGGCACAGAGCAGCAGUUCCUGGCGGAGGCCCCAGAUGAAUUCAAUGAAGAGUUUUUUAUACCUUAG